GAAGCGCAGGCAGACCCGACACCGGCGGAGGCAGAGAGAAGUAACCUGGCUAACUUGCUGCUGGGCAUGAUGAGAGGUAUUAUGUGGAAUAAUACACUGCUGCAUUCACAUCUGCGCACGGACGCGACGCAGCGACAAACAUACAAGAACGAUAUGACUGCGUUAACAACUGCUAUCUGCACAGAGGCAACGCAGCAGCAGCAACAGCAUCAUCUGUUGAAUUCCACUAUCACACGCGUCAACAGCAUAGAGGCUAACACCUCAGCAGCGCCAGGCUGCACGACAGACGUGACGAAGCAACUCAACGAGCGCAUCAAUCACGUCGUCACCAUCAUCGGCGACAUAAGUAUUUUCAAUGGACCAGACUCGAUCAGCAGCACGGUGGCCGCCAUCAAGACGGACAUCACCAAGCUACAGACGAGACCGGAAGCUGCUACAAAGACGUUCAAGAUGCCGCACUUCGACAUCAGCAAGUUCGACGAUUACAACAAGUCGGACGCCUUGUCAUGGUGGCAACGCUUCCUCACGGAAGCAUCAUGCCGCAUGGUCCCGGCGGAYGACAUGUUGAAGGCACUAUAUYUGCAGCUGAUUGGAGGAGCGCAGGGAUGGAUGAACCAUCUAGCGGCUACACACAAGUGCACUAUCGCCGAACUCCACACGCACAUUACGUGGAAGGAGUUCGAGCAGCUAUGGUUCACCAGAUUCAUGGUCCGCAACGUCGUGAAGAUGGCCAUGAACGAGGUCUACACAUGCUCUCAAGGGAACAUGCCAACGCGAGACAGGGCAUCAAAAUGGCAGAAGAUAAUGACCACGCCAGGCUUCGACUUGACGUUCCCUAAUCAACGAUCCGAGUUCUUCUCGAGAUCGUGCGCAGGAUUGCGGUCGGCACUCGGCAACGAGUACGACUAUACUACGUUCCAGGCCAUUAUGGAUCGAGCGAACUUGGUCAUCCAAACGGACGACAAGGCCGCUAACGAGAGACAAUCCCAGCCGCACUAUGUGGCUAAGCAGGCCUAUCAACGUCCGACACAUAAUAAUGCCGUGAUUUCUGAGGAAACCGACGACCACCACGCUGCAGCAGCAUCCUCAAGUGAUGGAGGAAUUGUCGCAGCGCUCCCGCCGAAGCGUCCCAAGAGAGUUCGAAAGAACAAGGCGACACAAGAGACGGCAGCGACGGGAGCUGGGCAGCCAUGGACGGCAUAUAAGAUCACCAAGGAGGUCUAUGACCUACGUCAGAAGUACCGAUACUGCCUUUGGUGCAACGGAGUCACCCAUGUGACCGCACAAUGCCCCGAAAAGGGCAAGGCACGCGUACCCCGUCCAGCAAACUCGGGAAACUGAGUUACGCAAGGAGAGGGGUGAUGUCUCUCCUCACCCCGCCGGACCCGGUUGCCUUGCUAGCAAUUGAUGUCACUACCGGGGAGCAUGCGUUAGUCGCUGAUUCUCGUGCUACGUAUGAGGAUUAUGCCGCCCAGCUGGUACCACCAUUAGACCAGCCUAGCCACGUGCAUGUAGAUUGCGUAUGCGUAGCCUGUACACCGUCGGCAAGUGAUCCGGUCAGUUCGCCACUGCUUUCCGAGGACUCGACGGCGUGGUCAAGACUUGAGGAGCUUGACCCGCUCACGAGAGAGGAUUUCGCUUGGAUACCUCUACCCUCAACCGGAACAUUGCCAAAGCCGCAUUGCAGCGCCUUGAUGGCAAAUCUACGCUCCUACUUGCACACUACAGUACCAGCUCCGUUGACGGACGACGGGGUAACGGUUGCCGAUCUCCGCUCCUAUCUUGCGAAGAUCGACCGCGAGCACGCCACCCAAAGGUACGCYGAAACCGACGCACCUUUGCUCUAUAUCCGCAUUCAAAUCGGAAAGGCAACCUGUAGUGCCUUGAUUGAUUGCGGAGCGUCUCGCAACUUCAUGAGUCAAGCCUUUAUGGCCCGCGCAGGUCUUGGCCCGCGCGUUCGA